AUGCCCCCGGCAGAGCCCCCCGACCGGCCGAGGCAGCGGGGGCGAGGCGGGGGCUCUGCCCGACGGGCCAUCCCGCCGAGCUCCUGCACGGCCCCGUCGCCCCGGGAAGUUUCGGGCGGGGGGGAACAGCCGGGGGAGAAGCUGGAGGAGAAGCGGGGCAGAAGCAGGGGGAGCGGCGGACGCGAGGCGCCCGAGGCCGGCGACGGCAGCGCGUCUCCCCCGCCCGCCGCAGGCCCCGGCGCAGCGCCGCCCGCCCGGGGUCCCCCGGGCCCCCCGGCCCAGCCCCCGGCGCCCACCUCCGGUGCCGUCCGAGUUCUCGUUGAGGUGCCGAGGCGUGGUGGGAGCCCACACACCCCGCCUGGGCCGCAGACCCCGCCCCGAGCCGCCCCGCCCCCCUACCCCUGCACCGAGCUCCGCCGCCGGCCGGCAGCGGAUGGCUCCGGAGCCGCCUCCCGCUCGGCAACACCGCCCCGAGCGCGCGCCUCGCCGCGCCGCGCCGCGCGCCGCGGGGCCCGCCCGGACCCGCGCCCGGCGGCUUCGGACCAUCGGCACCGGCAUCGGCAUGGCACGGCAUCGGCCGGCAUCGGCAUCGGCGUCGCCAUCGCACGCCGCACAGGCACCAACCCGGCUCGGCAGGUCGACGGGAUGCGGGACCACCCGCGGGCUCCGCGGCGACCGAAACGGGCCUGGGAGAACGGGAGGGCCGGCGGAUUGCCGCGCGCGGACGGACCGGGACGGGACGGGGACGGGAACGGGACGGGACGGACGGGACGGGACGGGACGAGGCAGACAGGACAGGACGGGACGGGAGCGGUCCCAGGUUCGCACGGCGGGAGCGUCCCCGCACCUGCUAUCCCGUAUGCGCUGCGCCCAGAGCAGCGCUGCCGCUGCGGAGCCCUAAGCAAAGCCGAGCCCCCCCCCCCCGCCCCCCGGGGGCUGCUGGCGGGCCAUGGCGGUGGCAACGGCACCGAGCUGCCCGGCGGCAACGUCAGCGCCAACCAGAGCGCCGCCGACCCCACGGUGUCGCGGGACGUGUGGAUGGUGGGCAUGGGGAUCCUCAUGUCUCUGAUCGUGCUGGCCACCGUCUUCGGCAACGUGCUGGUGAUCACUGCCAUCGCCCGGUUCCAGCGCCUGCAGACUGUCACCAACUACUUCAUCACCUCACUGGCCUGCGCUGACCUGGUGAUGGGGCUGGCCGUGGUGCCCUUCGGCGCCUGCCACAUCAUCAUGGAGAUGUGGCAGUUUGGGAACUUCUGGUGUGAGUUCUGGACCUCCUUGGAUGUGCUCUGUGUCACGGCCAGCAUUGAGACCCUCUGUGUCAUUGCUGUGGACCGGUACUUCGCCAUCACUUCCCCUUUCAAGUACCAGAGCCUGCUGACUAAGAGCAAGGCGCGCAUGGUUGUCCUCAUCGUGUGGGUGGUCUCAGUCCUCACCUCCUUCUUGCCCAUCCAAAUGCACUGGUACCGGGCAGACCAUGCAGAGGCCAUCCGGUGCUAUGAGGAGGACACAUGUUGUGACUUUUUCACCAACCAAGCCUAUGCCAUUGCCUCCUCCAUCAUCUCCUUCUACGUGCCACUCAUCAUCAUGGUAUUCGUGUAUGCCAGGGUCUUCCAGGUGGCCAAGAAGCAGUUGCAGAAGAUAGACAGGAGCGAGGGGAGGUUUCACACCCAGAACAAGGAGCAGGAGCAGAAAGGGGGAGCUGGGUACCGCCGUGCCUCCAAGUUCUUGAAGGAGCACAAGGCCCUCAAGACCUUGGGCAUCAUCAUGGGCACCUUCACACUGUGCUGGCUGCCAUUCUUCAUUGUCAACAUCGUGCACGUCAUCCAGGACAACAUCAUUCCCAAGUACGUGUACAUCCUCUUGAACUGGCUGGGCUAUGUCAACUCUGCCUUCAACCCUUUGAUCUACUGCCGGAGCCCGGACUUCAGGUACGCCUUCCAGGAGCUCCUGUGCUUCCGCAGGUCUGCCCUGAAGAUGUAUGCCAACGGCUACUCCAACAGCAACGGCAGGGGCGACUACAAUGAGGAGGAAAACGGCUACCCCCUGGCACCGGAUAAAACCUGCGACUUGCUCUGUGAAGAGGGUUCCUUCCCUCACCCUGAGGACUUUUUGCACUGCAAAGAGAUCCCUGAGUGUCCAGGAAUGGUCAAGAGUUGAAUGGACCAACCUCUCUUCCUCACCAUCCUGAGCUCAUGAGGGCUCUGAAGAGAUUGAGUGGGAGCACAGUCUUGCUUCCCUGAGCCUGGGGAUGCUGUGGGAAGUGAUUGCCUUGGCAAAUGUCUUCAUCCUAACCCAUAGCCCAUCGUGCAUCACCUGAAGAAGAAGCUGGUGAAAGAUAACCAGGGGACCAGGAAAGGCUCUGCUAGCCUUGGAGGACACCACCGGGGGAUUGGCACUAUGAGAGGCACUUUGCAGGAGUCACUGCUUGUGGAACCAGCUCUGGAAAGAGGCUACAGGAGCCCUGUGAACUGAAGGAGAGGGAUGUCUAAAUCAUGAUAAAAGGUAGAGAGGUUUCCUGGGCACAGCAACCUUGGAAAGCACUUUCAAAAGGGGAGUACCAGGACCACGUGGUCAUCUCCAGUGUCUGAUUUGGAAGAGGCACAGCAAGGUCACUGCCUCAUGGUCAGGUCAGGAGACCAGCAGGAUGCCUGUUCGUGUGCUGGUUGGGGAUCCAGAUGAAACAGGAGUCUGUCCAAGACCAAGAGAGAAGAAGUGUGGAAGACUGCUUUGACUUACUCUGUGCUUGUUUCUCCUUCUGGUGUCUUCUCUGUCUACUUCUUCUUCUCUGUAGGUCCAUAUACAUCAUGUGGGGCCCAGACUCUCACAAACAAGCAGAAAGAUUGGCACAGGGUAAAUCCUGCCCAGUGCAGAUGCAAUGUGGCCUUUGUUUGCUCCUUGUGCCAACAAAUGUGCAACUGUCAUGCCUGGACUUCAGACAGGAGAAAGGCUGGAACCUGACAGUCGUUUCACUUGCAAGCAGUCACAUUCUAGCACGACCAGCCACCCUUGGGAGCCAAGUUGUAACACCUGAGCCUCAAAACAUCAUAGAGCAUCUGUCCCUCUCCUGCAGCUGUGGGAAGGAGCAUAUGGACAGGCUGCAUGCUCAGCUCCUGCUUCUUGGAUUGGGAAAAACUCAUUAAGCAGUGAAAGAGACAGAUGUGGAGGGAGUGACGGAUCUCAGGCAGAAAACAGUAGGAAAAACUGACUAAAAACCAUAGGAAAAUGUGCACCUUUGACUUGCAGGUGGUGCCCCAGCUGUGGACUGUCAUGCCCAGCUGGGCAGCUGCAGAUGUCUGGUCACUGAGCUGCUCCCAGAGGCCUGGGCAAAACACGCUGGUACCAAACUGUGCCGGGAGCCCCAUCUCAGACCUUCUCUCCUGGGCUUCCAGCUGCAAACCUCUUCCCUCAUGUGCAAUUGUAUUUAUUUAUUUAUUUUCUUGCUGCUUGAUGUGAAGCUGCUAAAUGAGCCACCUCCCCACAAACACCCUCAGCCAAGAGAGGAUGGAGGGAGGGGGCGUGUGGUGUGUCUGUGCAAGGGGACUGGGCAGAGGGGCAGGAGAGAGGGACACCUUCCAGGAGUAACCUUCUAGUGGAAGCUGUCCUUGUCCAUGGUGGAGAGGUUGGACUAGAUGAUCUUUAAGGUCCCUUCAAACCCAAACCAUUCUGUGAUUCUAUGAUAAGCCUUGAACGAGAUGCCUCAUCCCCUGGAGGUGUUCAAGGCCAGGUUGGAUGGAGCUCUGAACAACCUGGUGUAGCAGAAGGUGUCCAUUCUAUGAUUCUAUGAUGUGGACAUGCCUACAGAGGGAGCAUACAAGGCAGGAGGAAAAGGCUGCAGUGAAACCCCAGUCUCCCUAGGGUGAGGGUGCAAUUUUACUCUGUCAAGAACUAAGGACAAGCUGGGUAGAGCUUCGUUGGGAAGGACAGCAGGACAGCUGCAGCCUGCACAAGCUUGGGAAUGUCCCUGUAGCCAAAUGUCCUCCAUGAAUCUGUGCUUGUGCAGGACAUUGUGCGAGUUGCUCACCCAGGCUGUGCCCUCCCAGCACUCCCUGAAGCAAACUUACAGUUUCUACACUUGCGGGGGGACAUAUCCCCAGCCAGGCAAGUUCCCACCAGUGUGUUCACUGAGGUUAUUAAACCAGGUAUUAACCUGGCAGCUUUUUCUGCUCUAGACAUCCAUCACAGACCCAUUUGACACAGCCAGUUUGAGACCAGCCUCUCAAGGCAGGGCUGUAGCUGUGCUGUAGUGGUUCAUGCUCAGCCUUGGCUGUUCCUACCCUUCUACCCCUUUUGCCUAAAAACUGGCACACUAGCAGCAUCCACUCAUGGUCAGAUAUCCCAUUUUAUGGAAAGUCUGUCUGUCCCACUGCAGAGGGGAAAAAUUUCUCUGGGAGAGGGCGGUUGUCCAGUGCCCUGCUACUCUCCCACAGCUCCCACGCUCAGGAGGGACCAGGCUACACUGACAUCCCUUGGUGCAUCUCCCAGCUGCUCCAGGAAAGCCUGGCUUCUCCCAUACCCUUCCCUCUGAGACGCCCCAGCAAGGCUUUGUCCAAACCUGUGUGGCUGCUGACUGGAAAUAUUUCCCAACAAAACCUGUUCCUCCUAAGAUUCUUGGCUGGUUCUAGUCACUUAUUAUGUACUGGAAACACUAUCCGUGGGAUUAGUUUUCAGGUUAGAGACAUGCAUGUAGUUCUUUUUCUCACAAAUCCCCUGAUGUGCAAGAGCAGGUUGCAGCAAGUGGAAUGGAUGCACUUGCUCUGAUCAUUUGCCAGCAUGGCCCAAAAGCAGUGACCUGCUCAUUGCUGAUCACUGCCUUGCAGAGCUGUACGAGUUGGAGACAGAAGAGGUGUAUUACAAAUCCAUCUGCCUCUGACCCUUCAGGCUUGUUCCAUAUAUUACUUACCGGUGGUGUGCUGGGUCUAUUUUUAAAUGCCCUGACACCAGGGUUAUUGUGCUGUCCUUUGGGAGACUGCUCUGUGCUCCAAGUGAGGAGCUGCUGUUAGUUUUCCACCUGCAUUUUCUCUUGAAAACUUCAUUCCAUUAUUCCUAGUGAUGCUCUUCAAAUACCUGCUGUUCAUUUUGUUCUGCCACUUGACCUGCACUCUUCUUUCCCUUCCAAGAACAUCUCUGGCUCCCUGAUCACUGCUGCUCCCUGUCCUUCCCAUGGCUCGGCACAUGAUGAGCCUGUUCAUUAAUUCAGCCAUGCUGAGUUUGUCAGGGAUAUGUACCCACCACUGGAGCAGCUGGAAGUUCUGGCAACACCCAGUCUCCCAAGCAGCUGUGGUGCUUCUCUCUCCCUCAUUGAGAAGCUUGUGGGGUGCAGGGAAGGGGCAGACACAGAGAUGUGUCCAAAAGCCAAUCAGUGUUGGCAGUGAGCACCUGUUUCCCAAGAUAUACGGAAGAAAUUCUUCCCUGUGAGGGUGGUGAGGCCCUAGAACAGGUAGCCCAGAGAAGCUGUGGCUGCCCCAUCCCUGGAAGUGUUCAAGGCCAGUUUGGACAGGGAUCUAAGCAACCUGGUCUAGUGAAGGCGCCCCUGCCCAUGGCAGGGGGUGGAAUGAAAUGAUCUUUAAGGUCCCUUCCAACCCAAACCAUCCUGUGACUCUGUGAUCCCACGGGAAGUGACCCCUGUUAGGGACAGCGCACAGCCAAGCCCCCAUCUCAACAACAGCUCUCUGCAAGGAGGGAGCCCCACGCCCUGUGAGCGUGGGGGGGUUGGCAGGCUCAGUGCACGUGGAGAGCUUGCGUGGGGAUCCUGUGUGUGCAGAACUCAGCUGGAGCACCAUCGUCAUUGUAAGAGCUCUGUUCUUCUCACUGAACAAAUUGUUCCGACAAAUAAAGAAUGAAAAGUCC